UUUUAAUAUGUAAUAUAAAAAAAUAUAUAUUACUAUUACAAUAACAAAAAUAUAUGUAUGUGUAAUUAAAAUUUGAUUUAUAAUUUGAGUUUAUUCAAAGUCGAAACAGAUUAUGCAUGCACCAAUGACUAAUGACGUAUUCAUACGCAGAUCGUGAAGAUGAUCGUCCCAUGCAACAAUAUAAAUUCAUAUUACAUAAUAAAUUUAAUUUAAUAUCUGGUAGCUGAUGUGCAAUUUUUAUUUCUAUAUUUAUGACUUUAAUCGAAUUUGAGCAAUGUAUUUCUUAUCAUUUGCAUGAAUAAUUAAAAUAAAAAAAUACGUAUUGUGCAUAAUUAAUUUAUUUUAAUAGGGCCCUAAAAAUUUGUAACGCCUCAGGGCCUUCGAAGGUUAAAUCCUUCACUGUAUGUAACGGCGCCAAAGAGAUACAGAUAUAAAACUUUUUAAGAAUAAAGGCAAAAUUGUAGGUAGCGAAUUGUAGAUUACACACUUUUGAUUGGUCAAAAAUACUAAUGUUUACAUUUGAAAUGUUAAAUCUUUUUUAGUCCGUGUAUAAAGUCGAUUAUUCGAAAAUAUUUGCUACAGACUAAACAUGUGAGAAAUCAUGUUUACUGAAAAUAUAUAAGUGUUAAAAAAUGUAAGUUUCAUAUAUAAGAAAAGAAAAUAUGAAAAAUAAUACUAGUGACAUAUAAUAUUUUCUUUCGUACUUCAGAACUAAAAUAAAAAGCUGAAUCUUAUUGAACAAUUGAAUUGUUUUUGUUUUAAUUGUUUAAUAAGCUUUUUUUAACUCAAAUUCAUAUUCUUGUCGUGAAAUAUUUUUUUCUUCAUAUUUAAUUAAAUAUAAUAAAAAUUACUAUGUAAUGGAAUAUAUACAAUAUAUAACAAAUAUGCCUCAUUUUUUAAUUAUACAGUGCUUUUUUUCUAUAAAAUUAAAAUAAUUAAUUACUACAAUACUAUAUGUAUAUGUCAAUGAUAAAACAUAUAUAAUGAAUAAAAUAUUAGAUAUCAAUAUUUAUGUAACUUUGUACGAUUAUUUUUAUAGAAUCUAUUAUAUUUUUUACAAAAUUCUGUAAAAAAUUAAUAAAAGUAAUAUGAAUAGCAUAAACAUACGUGAUGCUAUUGUAAAGGCUUCUCAAAUACCAAGAACAGACGAAGAGAUAUAUUUUGUUCGACUUGAUAAACCGGAUCAAUCUUGGAUUGAUCAUAAUAUGAAUUUAAAGAAUAUUAAAGUACCAAGAAAUAUACAGUUAAUAGAAACAGAUACUUUAGAUACAUCGAAUAAUAUGGACUCAAAAUAUUGUUUAAAUGAAAAUGAAAUAUUGUCUUCUAUAAAAGCUGUAAAUGGUGGAAUUAGUUAUUCUAAUAAAUUUCUAGAAUAUCAAUGGAAAUUAAAACAAAUGAGAAAUAAUUUAGAUACAGAGAAUAUUAACACUAAUAUAUCAAACAGUAAAACUUGCUCUAAUUGUAACAGUGAUGUUAAAUCAUCAAAUGUACAGAUUAUUAAUACAGACAAAUCAAAAAAAAUAGAAAAUAAUGAAGAUUCUCAUUCUAUUCAAGAAGUUCUAAAACAGUGUAAACUUGAAAAGAAUGCUUUAAUCUUAGGACUUUUAAAUAGUAAACAAAUAACUAUAGAAGAUUUGCAAAUACCAAGUAAACCAAAUUUAAAACAUGAAACAUUCCACAAUCACUCUGAUCUUCAAACUGAAGAUAUUGCUGUUGGAAAUCAUCUAAUACAGCAUCCAGAUGAUCCAGACAUAUAUAUCCAUCCAUUGCAAGUAAUGGAAAAAUCAAAAAAGCAUACUAAUUUAAUGCUAGAAUAUGUCGGAAUGAAAGAAGUAGUUACUCCAAAACAAUAUUAUAUUAAUGAGACUGAUAAUAUGUCAUUUGAGUUUAUAAAAAAAAAUGUAGAAAAUAAGUAAUUAUUAUAAAUAUACCAUAAUCAAGAUGUAUUUAUAAAUUUAGUAUUAAAUAUGAUUUUUUAUAUAGUUUAGAAAGUAUAAUAAAAUAAUAACUUAGAAAGUAUGCAUAAAGACAUUAGAGAUUGAUACAUGAGUUCUUAUAUCAAAAUUAGUAAUAUAAAGAACAUCAAAAAAGUUAUUUUUUUUAAACAAGUACUUGUAAGCUAAA